GUAAGGCUUAAGCAUAGGUGUAUAACGCCCUCACUAAUGCUGCUCACUAUAGGCACCGGUAGUGCGUGUAUUAGCGGUAGAGGUAGUCGUGUCUGUGUCUGGCGUUCACUCUAUUGGACUCAUUGUAUGAUUUGUACGCUUUUGUCACUUUACUCGUGGAUAUCACCGGCGAUGGCAGCGAAUCGUGAAAGAAGUUUCAUUAUGAUUAAACCGGAUGGUGUCCAGAGGGGACUGGUAGGCGAUAUCAUCAAACGCUUCGAGCAGAAGGGCUUCAAACUGGUGGCCAUCAAGUUCUUGAACGCGGAUGAGGAGCUGCUGAAGAAGCACUACGCGGAUCUGUCUGCGCGUCCAUUCUUCCCUUCAUUGAUCCAAUACAUGCAAAUGGGUCCCGUCGUGCCUAUGGUGUGGGAGGGCCUCAAUGUGGUGAAGACCGGGCGCGUCAUGUUGGGUGAGACCAAUCCGGCCGACUCUAAGCCCGGAUCCAUUAGAGGCGACUUCUGUAUUCAGACCGGAAGGAAUAUAAUCCAUGGAAGCGAUUCGGUGGAGAGCGCUAACAAAGAGAUCGCCCUUUGGUUUAACUCCAAAGAGUUGGUCGACUGGUCGCCCAAUCAGGAGCCGUGGGUUUACGAGAACUAAUGGCCCGACAUUUAACUCCCGAUUUAUUCCAAUGAUUACUGAGUUUUACGGAUCAAUUUACGAGUAUAUCAUACCAAUUGUAAUCUGAGUUUAACAAUAAAGUUUUCGAUUAAGUUUUUAGUCUAAAAAAUUAGAUAAAA